AUUUUCCAUACAUACUUCAUGUGUCAUCUUUACUUUGGUUAAGUUGUACAACCGUCAAAGAAUAUGCAGAGUUACGGUGUACCGAUUUACGCCGCCGAUUGGAUCCCGGAGGUUGCUGUUAGAUCUAAAAUCCUUAUGGAUCCAGAGAAAUCCGAAGAAAAUGAUGUUGAUGAGUCUUGGUCGUCUCGGAGCUGCAUCGUUUUGUCCGGCGGAGGGGGAGAGGGACGAAGCGGAAUCCCGAAUGUCAUCUUAAUCUGUCGUGUUGAUCUCGACACCAACUCUCUCUCGGAACAACCUCUGGGUAGGCUUGUUCUUGGCACUGAUCUACCUUACCGGAUGGCUGUUCAUCCUCGCGAAGGUGGUCUUAUCUGUGCAUUGCAAAACAGUUGUAGACUGUUUGGUUGGGAUAACAUUAUUAUGAGCCCACGAGAGGAUAAUCAGGCUGGUGAAGAGUCUGAGGAAGUGAUUCAAGAGUUAAAAGAUGUUGGACAACAGUUGGCUCUGGCGUUCAAUCCGGAGGGAUCUGUGCUCGCUGCUGGUGCGGAGGAUGGGACUUUGAGGGUUUUUGAAUGGCCCAGCAUGAAUUCGUUACUUAAUGAGUCUCAGGCACAUUAUUCAUCAGUCAAAAGCUUAACUUUCAGCGAAAAUGGUAAAUUUCUUGUAUCUCUUGGAGGUCCACUUUGUCGGGUUUGGGAAGUGAAUGCUUCAACUGCUGUUGCCAGUCUAUCAAAAGAGAAGGAUGAGAUGUUUGCCUCCUGUAGAUUUUCUGUAUACAGUGCAGGCAAUGAAGUUCUUUACGUUGCUGCAAAUACUGAACGUGGUGGGAGUAUUAUAACAUGGGAUACAAAAUCAUGGAAACGAAAAGAGUCAAAGCCUAUUGAAAAAAACUCUAUAUCAGCCUUUAAUGUCUCACCUGAUGGGAAGCUGCUUGCGAUAGGAACCCUUGAAGGAGAUGUUUUGAUACUUGAUUCGACGAGAAAGCAAACUAACCAAAUUGUCAAGAAAGCGCAUCUCGGUUUGGUCACAGCACUGACUUUCUCCCCUGAUUCAAG